AUGCGUGCAAAAACUCCCACCACUCUUCUGUCUCCCGAAGCAUUUCUCAAGUUUAGAAUAUGUCCCAAAACAAAUACGUCUUCAUGCACGCCUCAAUCGUCGAAGAGUCGCUAUGUAGAUUCUCUGGAACCUCUAGUGUGCUUACGGAGAUGGCCCGCCCACCGACGCAACGAGGAGUCGAUGUUUGACGAUUUUCUGCGGCGAUAUCGACUUCACAAAAUUCCAAUUGACCCGUUCAGCACUCAAAGUCACGGCAGUUUCACGGCCAAGUAUAUUGAGCCAACAAUACAGCUCAUCAACAAUGAAUUUCUCGUAGAUGAAUCGCCGACUCUGCGAUGCGAGGUCGACGCAGGCCAUCCAGAGUACUGGAUGGCCAGAAUCGUGACCGACGAAUGUCCUUCUGGCGCAAACGAUGAUAUUUACUCAAGUUCCGAUCUCGUAACAUUGUGCCACCACCUCGUCAUAGUCAUCGAUCCAGCGAUGGCAAUUGACUGGACUACUUUGGAUCCAAAGGUCAAGAGGAUCUCUCUCGCCCCAGACAACAUAGCUCGGCCCUUCUUCGAUGUCCUAGUCGCUGAAUGCCGCCGACUCGGCUGCCCUCACGGCAUGCUCACGGAUGAGCACCACACCGCCACGCUGUUUUUCCCUCCACUCGGAUAUAUCGAUAAAAUGCCACCAAAUCCCAACUCCAACUUCUUCAUCCUGCAAUCAUCCGUCAUCGAUAUCCCAAUUCGAUGGACCCUUGCUUCCAGUGUAUGUUUUGCGAUUGGUCAGUAUAUUAAGCCAUCUCGUUUGGACGAAUUAUGUCUGGGCGCACUGGGCAACCCUGGACAUCUAGAGUGUGGUUUUUCGACAGAACUCGAGGCAAUUCAGUCUCGCCGUUCGUUUCGCGAUUUUGAUCUGUACACCCUGCAGCGAUGUCCGGGAGCUUGGGAUCAGUUCAUGCGCUGGCGAGUAUGGGCGGCGCAGCAGGCGCUUGACCCGCAAACUCGCGUCGAACCUGGGUCUGUUUUGAGCGUCGACUGCGACGGAUUCAGACGCAAACAUUGCCUCUGGAGAUGUCCAUUUCCGAAUCCUCGGCCCCCUCAGGAAACUAUCGACAUUGUGACACGAUCUCCGCGUCCCCGAGAUUCGACGAUUGAUCGUGCAAUAGCAGAAGCAUCUUCAAGCGGCAAUCGUCUCUCAUUCGAAAUCACGGAUGUCAAACGUGAAGGUUUGGAAUACUUUUCACAAGUAUACGUCGGUAGGCUGCAAGGGGUGGCUCAGGCUGUGUGUCUCAAGCUAUUUGACGAACGCCUUUUCCCAUUCACUCACGAACCACAAUACGGGAAUCAUGUGAGGCCAGAGACUCAAUUGCUCAAUCUCAACUUUGCAGAUGAUAUGAUGCGACGCGAGGAAGCGGUCUAUUGCGAUCGCUUGCAAUACCUCCAAGGGUCCUUGAUCCCGCACUGCUAUGGGUUUCAUAUAUUUACGCUUCCGGACGGAUGGGAGGUGCUCGGGUUUUUCAUGGAACUCAUCGACGGGCCAUCAUUGUGGGAAGUUGGACAGCGGAUAAAAUCACCAGCACUACAAGCCUGCAUAGUCACGCAUGUUCGACAUGUAGUACGAGCUCUUGGAUUCGCAGGAGUUGAACAGGGAGACUGGCAUCUGGAUCAGAUUCUGUGUCCCCCACAGUCGUCACUGAAUAUGUCUGUUGAUGGUGUCGAUGAUCGACAGCGAGACAACGGGCACCCUGCUUUCCACUCCAUGGUUUUGAUCGAUUUUGCGUUCGCACCACAGAGACUAGGAGAAGACUGCUCUCGACCAGGGCAUCCUGUCCUUAAUCCAUCUAUAUUGAUGCAUAUAAUACAGGCAGAAAUCGGGAUUUCGUGGGAUGUGUUGAAGGAUCAUUGGACCCCGAUGAUGGAGGAAGAGUAUUGA